GGUUCCUGUCAACCGCCGCCGCGCCGCCGCCCGCUCCGCGUUUCGGGGAGGCGGCGGGGCGGGGAAGGGAGGAGGCGGCGAAGAUGGCGGCGGUGGGGAGAGCCGGUUCCUUCGGUUCCUCCUCGGCAUCCGGCGCCGCGAACAACGCCGGCGCGGAGCUGCGGGCGGGCGGCGAGGAGGACGACGGGCAGAACCUCUGGUCCUGCAUCCUCAGCGAGGUGUCCACGCGCUCCCGCUCCAAGCUGCCCUCGGGGAAGAGCGUCCUGCUGCUGGGUGAAGAUGGAGCAGGUAAAACUAGCUUAAUAGGAAAAAUUCAAGGAAUCGAGGAAUACAAAAAAGGAAGAGGCAUGGAGUAUUUGUAUUUAAACGUGCAUGAUGAAGAUCGAGAUGACCAAACAAGAUGCAAUGUACGGAUUUUGGAUGGUGACCUGUAUCACAAGGGUCUCCUUAAAUUUGCAAUGGAGUCAAACUCACUAAAGGACACUCUAGUUAUGUUGGUAGUAGACAUGUCCAGGCCUUGGACUGCAAUGGAUUCUUUACAAAAAUGGGCAAGUGUUGUAAGAGAACACAUUGACAAGUUGAAAAUUCCUCCUGAAGAAAUGAAAGAAAUGGAACAAAAAUUGGUAAGAGACUUCCAGGAAUAUGUAGAACCAGGCGAGGAUUUUCCAGCUUCUCCACAGAGAAGAAACACUUCAUUACAGGAAGACAAAGAUGACAGUGUGAUUUUACCCCUGGGUGCAGAUACACUAACAUGUAACUUAGGCAUUCCAGUAGUAGUAGUUUGUACAAAGUGCGAUGCCAUCGGUGUUCUGGAAAAAGAGCAUGACUACAGAGAUGAACACUUCGACUUCAUUCAGUCACAUAUCAGACGGUUUUGCUUACAGUAUGGGGCCGCGCUUAUUUACACCUCGGUAAAGGAGAACAAAAACAUUGAUUUAGUCUAUAAAUAUAUAGUCCAGAAGUUGUACGGGUUUCCUUUCAACGUUCCAGCUGUUGUUGUGGAAAAAGAUGCAGUAUUUAUUCCUGCAGGUUGGGAUAAUGACAAGAAGAUUGGCAUCUUGCAUGAGAACUUUCAAACACUAAAAGCAGAAGACAGUUUUGAAGACACCAUAAGAAAACCGCCGGUCAGAAAGUUUGUUCAUGAGAAAGAAAUUGUUGCAGAAGAUGACCAAGUGUUUCUCAUGAAGCAGCAGUCUCAAUUGGCGAAACAGCCUCCUACUGCUGCAGGAAGGCCAGUGGUUAGUAGUAACAAAGAUGCCUCACCGAGAGUUCCUGGAGGAUCUCCUAGGACACCAAAUAGAUCUGUAACAUCCAAUGUUGCCAGUGUUACACCUAUCCCUGCUGGAUCCAAAAAAAUUGAUCCCAACAUGAAAGCAGGAGCUACCAGUGAGGGAGUCCUGGCAAACUUCUUCAAUAGUCUGUUGAGUAAGAAAACUGGUUCCCCUGGUGGCCCUGGUGGUGUUGGUGGCAGUCCUGGAGGUGGCAGCACAGGAGGUACUGGCAGCAAUCUACCACCAUCAGCAAAAAAGUCAGUUUAAAAUAUAUGAAGAGAGUUAUGGGUUUUGAUUACCUUCUCUAUCGACUUUUCUCUGCCUAAGUGAUUUGCUAUUGGCAUGCGUUCCUGAAUUGGAGAUGUAGGUACUGAGAGGGAUCCAUGAAAUCAUUUCUCUGCCUUAGGCCUCCCUAUCCUGUCUGGUAUCUACCACUGAUUCUUUACAGACAAAUUGGAAUACAGAAGUUAUUUUUACAAAAAGGUGCCACAAGCAGCUGGUGUCAGAAGUGACUGGAACUGAGUUCUGACUCCUAUGACCUGUAUCAGACCUUCUGAAACAGAAAUAUUGCCAAUCUUUGCAGAAUAGUUUGGUGGAUUCUCUUGCUACGUACAUGCUGGCAUCCCUGGAGUAUUUCAGGUUGUUAAGAGUGAGGAUUUUUUAACAUACACUUCAUUUUCCUUGUAGCUGUUCCAAGCAGUUAGCGUUUACACAUUCUCUCACUAACUGACUGAUCUGUGUAUGGAUUUGAGAACCAAAUUCUGUUGACUGAAAGGGAUGAAAGCAUUGCCACCAGCUAAUGAAAAUGAGCAGGUAGUUUUCUGGAAACUGGUUAGAUCUGUUUUCCCUUGUCAUAGGAUUUGAGACGUGAAAUUCUUUAAAACAAUACGUAGUGCUCCAUCCCAGAUUCUGUUUAACUGGCAUUCAUCUGUCAUAUAGUACAGUAGUUAAAUACCACAUAUGGGCUGAGUUUGAGGUAAUUGCUAAACUGUUGCUACCAAAACAGCUGUUUGUUAACAAAGCAGUUUCUGUAUGGUUGUACUGUCAAUCCUAGGCUUUUAAGCUUGAGGGUAGGGUGUAGUUGGUUUUCUGUUGUUGUUUAGAAAUAGUUGGGAAAAUAGUUGGGAAUGAGGCUUGUUUGUAUCUAUGCAGUUCUCUGCUGCUGCUUAACUUGCUUUGUCAGCUCCCCAGGGUACAAGGGCAGAUGUGUGUCUCUGCAAUCCUCCAGGCCAGGUAGGAUGAGAGACUUCCUUACUACCACAGCCAAGCAGAGUGGUCUCCUGCUGUCCUGAUGUACUCCUGUCAUGCUCCCGGUGUCGGUUGUAGGCUUUGAGUGUCUUUCCUCCCAUUAGGCUGAUCCCAAAGGAUGGCACUGGAUUAAACAUCAGUUUUUGCAGGAGCUCUUUCUGGCUGUACGUCUCCUAUACUCGUGCACUGUCAGCAAAGUGGUUUGCAAGUUUCCCAGCCUGUUCCUGAUUAAACAAUCCUGCUUUCUUUAAAUUAGCUAUUUACAUUGCUAAACGAAGUUGGCUGAAUUUGACUGAAGUGGAUUAGGGUUAUUCAGGAGAAUGGUGGGAGCUUUAGCAGGAGGGCAGUUACAAGAAACUAUCUUAAAUUUCUUUUCCUGAUUGCAAAGCAGCCACAGUUGUACAGUCUUAACUGAUAGUAAAACCUGUGGAGAGGAGCAGUCAAGCUGAAGACUGUCUUCACCUUCUUCAACACUGUGCUUGGCAGUGGUGCUGUGAGCCUGCUCAGCAUAUUCAAAGCCUUCUCCAGUCGAGCACAUACAAAAAUAUUUGAAGGCUCCACAUUGACUCUCAGGCAUCUCUUAUGCUUAUGGUGCUGUGAGAAUCAGUGCAGAGGGUUCUCCAGGACAUGUGAAGACUUGCUGUUAAGUAGCUGAACUGUGAGUUUUUGCUCUGAAAAGCCACAUGUACGUUAUGUAGAGUGUGAAUUUUUAAAGCAUUAAGCUCAUAUAAAAUCAUAAUGCUAGCAGUGCCCUUUGGAUUCAAGUAUUUGAAGGAAUUGUGCCCUACAGCUUGUACUCUGUGCUUGCAAACAGCAGGGCAGGGUUGUGGUCCUGUACUGUUUGGUUCUACCAUUGCACCCACCAACUUUAAAAUGCAGUGAACUGUUUCAUGCAAUGCUAUGAGCUCAGCACAAGAUGUUUUUGCAUAAUGGCCAUUGUGGUAAUCCUCACUCUGUUCAAAUCUGUGCAAUAAAAAUACCAAGCUUACUACACUGAAGGGAAACAUUUUGUGAGAUAUUUGAGGGGUUCUAUGAAGUUGUAAUGAAUUAAUAUGCUGGUAGUGCCUUUACGAUGAAAAUUCAUCUUUGUUUUAUUUUAUUGCUGUAAGCAGCGGGAGAUAUCUAGAUUAAAUUUUAUGCUGUUCAGAACUAUCACUUUCAUACCUUUGAGAACUUAAGUGCCUUUUAAUGAUUAUUAAAUCAGAAUGAUAAUGCAAUUGUUUUAUAUAUAUUAAAAAAAAAAAGCAUAUAGUUUCGUAGCCAGUGUUGCCUUGAACUUCCAUUAAAAUAAUUGUGAAAUGUUUAAUUAUUUUUCCAUUCUAAAUCUGUCAUCUUUUUAAAGUAUUAUGUUCUUUUUGGUCCUUAAAAAUGUUUUGUAAUCAUUUUUAAAAUAAAAUAUUAGUAAAU